AAUAAUUAAUAAUAAAUAAUUAAUUAAUUAAAAAAAUAAAUAAAUAACAAAAAAAAUAAAGCAAAAAAUUUAAAAUUGGAUUAUUUUUUCAUGAUUUAAACGAUUUAAAAUAUGAGAUAAAACACUUUUUAGACAUACCCUGCUCAAAGAAAACAGCUUGUUAUUAAAAAGAAUCCUCAAUUUUUUAAGGUUAAUGUUUAUAAUUACUUUUUGGAUGACUUUCCUAAGAGCUAUAUUUUGUCCUUUAAUGAUACAAUUUAAUAACUAAAAGAGAAGAUUAUCCAAGAUACUACCUAAAUAAGAUUAAUGGAUAUAAAAAAAUUUAAGGGAUAAGAUGGUAAAAAUGUGUAUGAUAAUUAAAUAUUGAGCUAAUUUUAUUAAAAUGAUUGCACUCUUAACAUGGAAAUUUUGUUCAAUUAAGAUCUUAAAAUAACAACUAAUAGUAAAAAUGUCUAAGUCUUUAUGUUUGAUCCUUAAAAUAGUAAUUAAAUAUAUGACUCUAUUAUAAAAUACUAUAAAAGCGAGAAGGGAGGUAAAAUUCUUCUUGGAGUUUAAUCUGAUGGCUUGAUUAAAGGAAUUAACAUCCCUGAUUAAGAAAAAUUUAAGGAAGAUUUCAUCGAAUCAUUUAAUUAAAAUAUUAAUUUAGGAAAAAAAAUUUUAAAAUAUGUUGAUAUUUCUUUCUUCAGAGUCAAAGGAUAAAAUAAAAAUACAUAUAACUUCAGUGACCAUAAAAAGAUUGUCAUUAUUAAAAUUUAAGGUAAAAAUAAAUAAAAAUAAGAAGAAUAAUCUCAAGUAUCUACUGAUGAUGAAGAAGAGAAUUAAAUUCAGAAUUCAGAAAACGAGGAUAAUCACUAAAAUUCACCUGUCAGCUAAAAUAAAUUUUAAUAUUACGAAUAAAAAGAAAUGUACUUUAGUCCUUUCUAAUAUUCUAACCCUGAAACAAUAUAAUCAUUUAUUGAAAGUUUAGCUUUUUGA